AUGUGCUCCAGCCGCAAGAUCCUGUGGAGCCUGCUCCUGCUGUCCGUGGUGGAGGUGGGCCUCGGUGUGGCCAGCAUCGUCCUCGGAGCUGUGGGCAUUAGCUGGGUCCAAGGCGAGCACAAGCCGCAGCAGGGCGACGCAUCCCCGGUGUGGAGCGGACUCUGUUUUCUGGUCUGUGGGAUGUGCGGAGUUCUGUGUGCUCGCAAGAGGACAGGUCUUAUUAUGAUCCUAUUUUCGGCAUGCUGUAUCUGUGGUCUGAUUGGUGGGAUCCUCAACUUCCAGUUCGUCCGGGCGCUGAACAAACGACCAGACUCCAUGCACUCGAUCCAUCUGGCUGCCAUGACUCUGGCCUGUCUGGGGAUCUCCUCCUGUACCUUAUCCACGUGGCUCACUUGUCGUCUGGCGAGCUCCGAGCAGCAGAGGAUGUUCCUUGAGAGGGAACACUCGCUGCACCACUCGCACGAGAUGACCGAGAAGGAGAUACUGGACAACUCCAGCAACGGCAUUCCUCAGAUCUCUUACAACGGACACACCACAGCAUCACCAUGA